AACUGGAAUGAGUUUCCUCUCGAUACGUCACUCUGGGAUAGGCUGCGAGCUAUCGAGCAACGCUGUCAGUCACCGGGGUUUCGGGCUCAUUACCUCGGCGUCUCGGGACGGGACCCCCAAGCAGGAGAAAGUAGCCUUGCCCAUCGUGGGUUUAGGCUCUGGGAUUAAAGUGAUCGCCAGUCCCACAGCUUUCGACGAAACUGCCAGUGAGGAUUCAUCCUGUGUUGGUUAGCUAAAUGCGGUACGAAGCUAAAAUGAUGCCGAUGUUCCUGACAGUAUACCUCAGUAACAAUGACCAGCAUUUUACUGAGGUUCCCGUUACCCCGGAGACGCUGUGCCGGGAUGUGGUGGAGUUGUGCAAGGAGCCGGGGGAGUCUGACUGCCACCUGUCAGAGAUGUGGCGUGGAUCUGAGCGAGCUGUAGGUGAUGGGGAGAGGAUGCUGGAUGUGCUCCAACGGUGGGGACAACACAGGGCAGAGGUGCGCUUCUUUCUGCGUCACAAUCGAGCCCCUAGCAGGGAGUCUGGUGGGUCAAGAGGCUCAGAGCCGAAGAGGAAUGGAGUGAAGGGUCCCCCAGACAGAAGAAUGGAGAAUGGGGUGGCGACACCCCGGAUGGACAUGACCCUGGCUGAACUACAAGAGAUGGCUGCCAGACAGCAGCAACAAAUAGAAGCUCAACAACAGCUCCUUGCUUCCAAGGAGCAGCGGCUGCGCUACUUGAAGCAGCAGGAGCAGCGACAGCAGCAGCAGGCCUCUGAGCAGGAGAAGCUGCAGCGCCUCCGAGAGAACAUUGAGAACCAGGAAACUCGGCUCAAGAAGGUUCGGGCCCUCAAGGGCCAGGUGGAGCAGAAGCGCCUGAGCAAUGGCAAACUGGUGGAGGAGAUAGAGCAGAUGAACAACCUGUUCCAGCAGAAGCAGAGAGAACUAGUGAUGGCUGCGUCCAAGGUGGAGGAGCUCAGCCGACAGCUGGACUUGCUCAAAAAUGGCAAAAUGGACAACUUCCAUGACAACCAGAGCUCUGUGGCUGAACUAGACCGCCUUUACAAGGAGCUACAGCUGAGGAACAAGCUCAACCAGGAUCAGAACACUAAGUUGCAGCAGCAGAGAGAGGGCCUGAACAAGCGCAACCUGGAGGUGGCUGCCAUGGACAAGCGCAUCAGUGAGCUACGAGAUCGGCUGUGGAAGAAAAAGGCAGCACUGCAGCAGAAGGAGAACUUGCCUCCUCAGACGCCCUGGCAUUCAGAGCUCACCCAUGCCAAUAAUGGCUAUCCUGGUAAAGAGAGGGCUUCAAAAGACACUCAUCUUCAGGUGCCCUCAGAUGGCCAAGCUGGACAGCAGUCGGGUCCGUCUCGUGUGGCGGCGGUUGGCCCGUACAUCCAGUCGUCCACCAUGCCCAGGGGCCCAGUGAGGCACGACCUGCUUGUAAAACCAGCAUACCCGGACGGCACUGCCACUCUUCCAGCCCACGACCCACAGAGCAAGGCCAGCACAGCAGGAGCAGAGGAGUCUGGGACACCUGCUGGUUGCGAUGUCACUCUGAGCUCAGAAGGCCAUCAGCCAUCCAAGCUGGCAGACUGGGGCUCUUCAGGUCCAGAAUCCAACACCAAUGGUCAUGGUCCAGCUUCAACACUGCCACGAAUGACCUCUCACUCCAACUCUAACACAGAACAAGAUGACACGGAACUGAAGAGGGACAGGAAGGUGCGUCCAUUUUCCAUGUUCGAGCCAACUGAGGUUCCCGCCACCUCCCUCCGCAAAAACCAGAGCAGCGAUGACCUGGUCAGGGACGCUCAGUCUGCUCCCAAAGCUCCAGUCAAGGUGCCUCCUCCUGUUCCCACCAAACCAAAAGGCCCUGGUGUCGUGCCCUACGGCAAACAAGGUCUCAACACAGGCACCUUCCCUAAAACCAAGCCCCACAGCCAGCAGCCCCAGGCUGCCCAGGGCCGCGGCCCUCUCCCGCCCUCACAGAGCCAGACACUCCCCUUACCCUCCAAGCAGGACACUCCACCUGCAGCCACAGUACGGCCGUUCACCCCAGAGCUGCCUUCCUCCAAAGACGCCAGCCUGAGUAAGCCCCAGACCUUAGCGGCCAGCUCCAUUUACUCCAUGUACACGCAGCAGCCUGGUGUGCAGGGCGCUCUCAACAGGUCUCAGAACCGCACCAAUGGAUUUGUCAGUGUGUACGGUAAACCAGUGAUCCCCAGUGGAGGCUCCCUACAUCCAGACAAUCCUUACGUCGACCGCCGCUCCCCUGCCCUAGAAUAUGAGGUUGACCACAAUGGAGCCAACAACGUGGGUCCCAGCCAAUCCGAGGGCCCCCAACCAGAAACAGAGCGCAUCCCCCGGCCCCUCAGCCCCACUAAGCUGCUUCCCUUCAUUUCCAACCCCUACAGGCAUCAGAGUGAUGGUGACCUGGAGGCCCUGAGGAAGAAGCUCUACAAUGCCCCAAGGCCGCUGAAGAAACGCAGCUCCAUCACCGAACCAGAGGGUCCCGCAGGGCCCAACAUUCAGAAACUCCUCUACCAGAAGACCACACUGGCAGCUAUGGAGACUGUGACUACACCAACCACUCCUACUUAUGCUGGUGAAGCAGAGGCCGCGGAGGGAUCUGUGGGACAGCAUGUUCCCAGCUCUCUGAGUGGUGCAGAGAACCACCCAUCAGAGACAGGACAGACUCUAGAGGGAGGGCAGCUCCCAUCUCAAAUCCCAGGUGCUAAUGUUCCCGCUCCAGCCCCUGCUGAACACACCAAACCACCUUUAGCUAUCCCAGAGAGUGAGGACAUUAUCCCCCCUCCGCCCCCAUCCCACCCAGCCCCAAGGCCAGAUGACGCUCUUUUCCCACCACCACCCCCUGCUGGCUUGGAGGACGCAAUGUCCAACCUGCCCCCUCCGCCUCCAGAAGGCUUCCUGGAAGAGUUCCCGCCCUACCCACCACCCCCAUACCCCAGUGGAGCAGAGCAGGACAGCUUGGGCGAGGACACCUUUAACAUGAAGGCACCUGAGGUCACCGGCCAGGUCACUCUGCCACCGGGAAAGAGGACCAACUUGCGCAAGCCCAACUCUGAACGCAUCGAUCACAGCAUGAGAGUGAAGUUCAACCCACUGGCUCUGCUGCUGGACUCUUCUCUGGAGGGAGAGUUUGACCUGGUCCAGAGAAUCAUCUAUGAAGUGGAGGAUCCCAGUCAGCCCAACGAUGAAGGCAUCACUGCUCUACACAAUGCUGUCUGCGCUGGGCAUACAGAGAUUGUCAAGUUCCUUGUUCAGUUUGGUGUCAACGUCAAUGCUGCUGACAGUGAUGGCUGGACACCUCUUCACUGUGCUGCAUCCUGCAACAAUGUGCAAGUGUGCAAGUUCUUGGUGGAGUCCGGUGCAGCGGUGUUUGCUAUGACUUACAGCGACAUGCAAACAGCUGCUGAUAAAUGUGAAGAGAUGGAGGAGGGUUAUACCCAGUGCUCUCAGUUCCUCUACGGUGUGCAAGAGAAGAUGGGCAUCAUGAACAGGGGCGUGGUCUAUGGUCUGUGGGACUACAGCGCUGAGAACCCUGAUGAACUGAUGUUCCGCGAGGGAGACUGCAUGACCAUCGUGCGCAGAGAAGACGAGGAUGAGAUCGAAUGGUGGUGGGCUCGCAUGGGCGAAACUGAGGGUUACAUCCCCCGCAACCUUCUAGGGCUCUACCCCAGAAUAAAGCCAAGACAGAGAACCCUGGCUUAACACACAAAGAUGCCUGCACAUUCCAGUCUGCCAGAACUCUCCAAAACACACACACACACACACUCAUAUACACACAGGCUUUAACAGACUGGGGAAGAGAAGGACACUGCUGAAAUGAAGAAACAAGGACAGACCAAACAAUAUGAAGGAUCAACUAUGAACUCUUUUUCGCACUUUUUUUUCUGUAUCUAAAACAGAGGGAUUCUCCCUCGCUUAUUUUUCCAGGCCGCACUGUGUGUACUGUGUACUUAAGACACUAUUGGCAUUGUUUUCCUUUAUUCCACUGUUUUUGUAAUUAGUGUCUGAAACUAUUUCUAAACUGACAGAUACACUCAAACAUUGGGAUGUAAAUGGAACAAGCAGUAUUUUCUAUUGCUAGACAGUAAUUUUUACACUUUUGAAUAGUCUUUUAAAAACAUGUUUUUCUGGGCUACUGGUUGUUUUCUAACACACUUGGGGCUCUGCAUUGCAUGAGGUGGAUGAGUGGAUGAUGAUGAUGAUGCGUUUGAGAUGCUCUGUCACCAUGACAAUCUUUGGGGGGGCUUGUUUCUCGUCAUCUGUUGAGUGACUGCGCCUCUGAAUACCUGUACUGGAGGUGUGGCACUUCAGUUGUGACCGCCACUGUUCUGCAUAAACAAAUGCUUGGUGGUAAAAGCUUUUGAUUGAUCUAUUGCUGUUCAUUCUGUGGUCUAUGAUACCCCGAGAGCCAGUCUGUUUCCUGCAUUGGCACAUGGUUGAGAUGCCAUAGAUACUGUGUAUACACAUAUUUCUGUCACAGAAAAUAGUGAAAAGUUACUGUAGGAAUGAUAUCAUUAUGAAAAUUGACUUUCAGACUCUGGCACUUUGACCAGGAAGAUGUCAUGCAAGUAUGAAUUUAAUAUUUCAUCACAACCACGUCCUGACCAUACAGCAGUGUAAGAAGGCAAGUGCAGUACCAGAAAUCUUGACUUUUUGUAAUAAUCAGAAAGUGAUGGUGACACACUAGUGUAUAGUCAAAAAAAAAAAAAAAAAAAAAAGGAACUCAGUUCACAGUGAGUUACCAAAACCCAUCACAUAUCUCUGUCACUGCAGAUGUAUUUAUUUUUGUUACUUUUUUCUUUAGCCCUUUUGUCGGAACUAUAACCACAGAUGUACUGUAGUAUUUCAGACAUUUACAAUAAAAAUACUUUGUACUAAGCCUA